ACCGAAGUAUUACUGAAUCCGUAGCGGCAGAACCCGGAUGAGCCGGUCAGCUGUUUAUCAGUCAUGAUAAAUAAUGUGCGCGGAUCGGAGGACAGUAUCAGCAUGGAUCAAAAACCCGAAGAACGCACCCAAAGCCAAAGCCAGAGGUGUCAGCUGCUGGACCUGCCGUGGGAGGAUGUGUUAGUGACACACGUGUUCUGUUACCUGCCGCUGCGUCACCUGGUCAGCCUGCAGAGCGUCAGCAGGAGCUUUCGUUCUCUCAUCCAGGUGUAUCUGGCCAACUGCCGGAAGUUUGAUCCUGCGCAGACGGGGCCUCACAUUCCUAAAGAAGCCUUUUGCUCGAUGCUUCGCCACAACCAAGUUCUCCACCACCUCUGCGUCAGCAACUGCUCCGAUUGGAUCGCGGACAAAGAGCUGCUGCCCGUGAUCGGUCAGAACCAGCACCUGCUGCGCGUGGAGCUGCGCGGCUGCGCUCACCUGAGCCGUCACGCGCUGGUGGCCGUGUCCCUGAGCUGCCCUCGGCUGCAGCACCUGAGCCUGGCUCACUGCGAGUGGGUGGACAGUCUGGCGCUGCGCAGCCUAGCCGAUCACUGCCCGGACCUGCGCUCGCUGGACGUCACCGCCUGCAGGCAGCUGAAGGACGAGGCCGUGUGCUACCUGGCCGGGAAGUGUGCGGCGCUGCGCUCGCUCUCCGUGGCCGUCAACGCCAACAUCACGGACGCCGCCGUGGAGGAGGUGGCCAAGAAGUGCAGGGAGCUGGAGAGACUGGACCUCACGGGCUGCCUGCGAGUCAGGAACGAGGCCAUCAGGACGCUGGCAGAGUACUGCCCCAAACUGCUGUCUCUCAAGGUGAACCACUGUCACAACGUCACCGAGUCGAGUCUGGGCGUCCUGCGGCGGCGUGACGUGGAGAUCGACGUGGAGCCUCCCCUGCAGAGGGCGCUAGUGCUGCUGCAGGACGUCGUGGGCUUCGCUCCCUUCAUUAACCUGCAGAUCUAGCACAGCGUCCGGACCGCUCUGGAGGUCCUCUCACAUCUACCGUCUUGCUCCGGAAAGGCCGACUUUUUGUAAAACACCGACGCUGCAUCUCAGAAGACUCCACGACAAAUUCAAGCGCUCCGCGGUUUUAGUGCAUUUUAGCAAUUAAGAGACGUUCUCUGGGCCUUUCAGAUUGAGAUCCGGUCCCACCGUUAAUGCCAUUUAUGAUAAUCAACAGAAGGAAGUUGGUGAAAACAUAUUAUUUAUGGAAGCAGCUUUCUUUUUUUUCGUGCAGGAACCAAAAGAUGUGUCAUUUUGCACUUAUGAGAUACUGAAAUGUUUGCAUUGUUUGCAAUGUUUGCACCGAAAUGUUUCUCUUUUUUUUUCAGUACAUCUGAAUAUUACACAUUACAGUCAUAUUUUCUCUCCGCUUCGUUAGACAGAUCAUUAAAACGGGAACGCGGGUCUUCCCUGAAGUUAUCCAGGGAGCAAUCGAGUCAUGUUUCACAGAAGCGAGCUCUGCGUUGAUUUGUUCACGGUAAUCUAAUCAUAGAAAAGAACGUUGAUUCGUUGCGCUUGAAACCUCGAAAAGUUGAAAAAUCGAUAUUGGUUCCGCUUACUUACUUUAAGACUAAUCUUGAUAUUGCUAUCAAAUCUGAUACUUUGCUAUGUUUUGCAUUCAUAAUAUUUCAUCAAGAUCCUAAAUUUGCUGAAAUGAAACAUUAAUAAAGGCCUGUAUGUGGUUAGCCCACAAUUUCCUAUCACGAUACGCUUAUUUUGUACUCUGGAGGAUUUUAGGAGUUUGUUGCUUUAUGAGAAUUUCAAGAGGUAUUAAGAUACUGUCAUUUUUUUUUUUUUCUCUCCGGUAAUUAUUCAGCAUUUUAACCAUAUCACGAUGAUAUGAUUUUUGCACAUGCACUGUGCUUUUAUGUGUUUUGCUUUUGUAUAAUUCUGUGCGGUUGUAAAUUAAGUGCAUAUAUGUUUUAUGCAAAUUGCCGAGAAACUAUAAAGUCUUACGCAAUACCAUGUCGUGUCAUGUUAAUGCAGUGGUUUUGCUGGAAAUGUACUCAUCCUCAGGUUGUUCGGUGUGUAGUCGACUGUUUCUUUGUAGGAAGAGAUUUAGUGAAAUUUUGCAUUACGUCAUCUGCUCUGCUCUGCAGUGAGUGGGUGCCGUCAGAAUGCAUUUGUUUCUCACAAACGCGGCUUUUCAUUUUAGAAGAUGUUACUCGACUGGAGUGGUGUUGAUUUACUUCUGGAUUAUUUUGAUGUUUUUAUCACCCGUUCUCGCUCUCAUUCUGACGGCACCCAUUCACUGCAUUGAUGUGAUGCAAUGCUGCAUUUCUCUAAUUAUGUUCCUGUAAUGCAAAAAGGGAACAAAGGUGUUAAUUUCCAGGAAAUGUUCACUUUUCACGUGAAUUCUUCCUGUUUAAAAAUAAAAAUAAAAAUCCAAUUUCAUCAUGUUGUUGAACCAGUAGAGGGCGGUGUUGCCUGUGCUAUCCAAUGUGUGAAUGAAUUUUAUCAAUCGCAGUACAGAAGUGAAAAUUUGUGUUGAUUUGCGAACACUGUUUCGUUAAAGCAUGUGUUUUUCACAGCUUUAAUGGCUUUGAAUCAUCGUUAUAAAGCAUGAGUUUGAGGUGAAACUCUCCCUGGUGCAAGAAAAGGAGGUUUCCGUUUGAUUUGCACACAGAAACCCAGCUUGAAUCCUGAAACUCCACGGGCCGAGGCUUUACUAAAAUUAAUUUGUACUCUACUCAUGAACAGAAGGAAGGUGGUGUCCUAAUGACCUGAAUUACAGAAUUGUGAGUCAUGUAGCUUCAUUAUCCCCGUUGAGCCCUAAAACUCAAACUGGUUCUGGAUUGUAAAGCAGAAUUUGUGUAUAGAAACCGGUUUUUAAUUUAUAUGCAUCUAAAAGGCGUCACUUGUUACACAGCGCGUUUCAUAAGUAGGGCAUGUUGAGAUACAAAAAAAAAGGUUCAUUCAAAAUAAGAUUAUGGAAAAAAAAUGUAUGAAUAAAAAUUUACA